GGAGGAGGAGCCGCGAGCGGUGCAUCGCACAUCGUCUCCGCCAAAUCAUCUGAGGCUGCUCUACUACACCGUGAAACAAAAAAGGAUGGUGCCUUCCACAGUUCGUUUUGUACUGGCAAAACAGCACAAAGAGGUCGUCUAAUGACUUUUUAUUUGAUCGUCGCGGAUAUAGCAUUAAAUGCAAGUACUGGGUCAAGCUGUGUGGGAUCUAACGCCAGGCGUUCUCGAGAGCUGUUUGUUGCCCCGUGAGGAUUUGACGUCUGUGUUCUGCUGGAUGUUUUGGAGAAAUCAAGAGAAAGAGGUUGCGGUCAUUGUCCUGCAAAAUGGACUACUUAACCGAACUGGAGAAGUAUAAGAAGUGUGACAUUGUGUCGGAGAGCAUACUACUCUGAGUUGGUUUGCCCCAAUAUUGCAGCUUCCUGCAAGCUGCUCUGCAUCACAUCUGCUUCAAAAUGGAUGCUCUGUUGAAUCCUGAGCUCAGAGAAGAUGUAAAAGAUUGUUCGAUCAAGGUUGAAAACUUCCCUAAGCAAGUCAUAUUCAAAGGCCUUGCACCUAGGGUCGUAUUGACAAACCAUCUUCUGAUGAAAGGAAACAAGACUAAAGUAAACCUUGAGGAACAGGGUCGACAGAAGGUCUCCUUCAGCUUAACGCAGACAAAGAAACCACGUCAAAAUGUGUUUCUACCACCACCAAGCCCUGAGAAAUCUGCAAGUGAACAUUCUUCUACAUCACAAGCUGGACCUGUACCUGUUUCCGUUCAAGCAGGACAAACCUAUGAAACUAAGAAUGUUGACACAAAUACUCCAGCAGUUGGGGAGACCCAAACAGCCCCCACAGUAUCCUUUUCUCUCAGAUCAAGGCAUGUUCUUGGAAAGAUGCAUUUUAAGAAACAGAUUCUCAGCAGUACAGUUGUUGGGGAUAAAUCCACGGUCAGCACUGCCUCAGCAGAGAUAUCAGAGCCAGUUGUCCCAUCUGAUAAAAUUACAUCUUCCGCAAAGGUUGAAACUGAAAACUCCUUGCAGCAAUCUCACAAGAACUCUGUUGUUGAUGGUUCUUCUGAAAAGGUUAGCAAAGAGGAAAAUCCUCAGGAGAAAAUAGCCUCAUGCCUUAAAGGUCCUGAUUCUUCCCAUAUUGGGAAGGAAGAUACAGAUUCUUCCAUUAUUUCUGAGCAUGAGGAAAGCAGAAAAUCAAAACAGUGUUCAGACAGCAAGCUUGCAGGUUUAGAAACUGAUGGGCAAUCAACUAGAACAUCAUCUAGCCAGAAAUCUAAUGACCGCAGAAACAAAACAAAAUCAGAAAGCCAUAGUAAUGAAGUGAAAAGAUCAUCCAAUUCCAAAACAGAGUUAGACAAAUCAAGGACUGAUAGGAAAGAUGAAGAAAAGGGGAUAAGGCAUUCAAAGUCUGAUCGUGACUCUAGGCACAUGUCUUCAAGAUCUUCUCGAUCUGACAGAGAUAGAAGAAGGACCAAAAGUCGGUCACGGUCUAGAUCUCGAGGCUCUCGAACUAGUUCUUAUUCCAGAUCUGAAAGAUCAAGAAGUGAGAGACAGUCAAGGACAGAUAGGUCACAUUAUCAUGAAUCUGAGCGGAGGUUCCAUAGAAGUUCUCCUCAUCGGGAAAGGAGAAGCUCACGUUCUCGAACUGAUGGCAGGUCUCGUGACAGCUCUGACUCGGAGGAUGACCACCGUCGAACAAGGACUCGUGGUAGUGACUCAAGCCGAUCAUCCACUUACUCUAGCUCACAAAAAGACUCAAAAUCAUCCACUCACUCUAGAUCUCACAGGGACUCAAAACCUACAGAUUGUUCUCGGUCCUCUGAGUCAGAUAAAAGAGCACAACAUUCAAAAUCGGAAUCCAAUAGAAGGAGCUCUUCUGAAAUAGAUGCAGUUCACAAGAAAUCCAGUGCCCGCACAAAAUUGGAGGUUAAUGAUAAAAUCUCAAAUUCUAACCUAACUACCUCAUCCCGAACAUCUGAGAAAAAGAUCCAUAAAACCAGCUCUGACUCUGAUGAGGAGCACAGAAGAAAACGUCAGUCACAAGGAUCAGACAGGUCACCUAGGUCUGGGACUUCAUCUUCCAGAAAAAACGAUUUAGUGGAUCACAAUAGUUUUAAUAUUGGUACUGGAACAGAAAGACAAUCAACAGACAGAUUAAAUACUAACGCAAAGGACUCGCAAUUAGUCUUUGUUACAGUUACUUCUCAGAAGGAAAGCAGCAACAUUGAUGAUCAGUGUACUCCGCCUAAAUCUAAAAACAGUUCUCAACAGAUGCAUGAAGCUACCCACAAAGUUAAUUUGUGUGAAACAAAUAAAAAAGCAGAGCAUCAACCUUCAAACCAAGAUCUUAGUAGUUUAGAAAAGUGCACAAAUGUUCCUGAAAGUAAAAAAACAACUGAAAGAUUGACGGAAUCUAUUUCCAUAACAAGUGGAAAACUUGAAGUUAGAAGUCCCACUGAGGUUGAUGAACCUGGAAUGAAAGUCACAGUUCCAAUCCAAAGUGAAGUUCUGACAGUAGGACAGACUGAAUCAAUUUGUGUAGGCCCCGCUCCCAGUGAACAUACUAUGGGAUCAUUGACAGACUCUCUUUCUGUGAAAGAAUUACCACCUGAAGGAAGCUUGAUUUUAAACACUAAGUCGGAUGAGUCAUCACUAAUCAUUAGUCAAAUCAGUACGCCUGUCACACUGACUGUUCAACCAUGUGAAAAGGAUUCUGAACAGAAUAUUGGGAGUCCUGAACAACCUAAUACUGGGAUUUCCAAAAAGGAUGCUAGUGCUAAAAAAUCUAGAUGGGACAUUGUUGGUCAAGUCACUUCAGAAUAUCAAAGCCCUGCGAAAUUAGUGAAUCCAGAUGUGAAAAAAGUAAUGUUAGCUCAGAAAAUAGAGUUCAGUGAUACUACCCCUGAUAAUUGUAGUCAGAAACUGGACCCAGAAGUACCAUCUGAAAAGUCGGUAGAAGUUCAUGCAAGAGACACCACCGCAGCUGAAUCUCAUCAAGAAAUAAGUUCUUUCACAUCUAAUUUUGGAACUAAAGGUACCCAUGAUGAACUUCAAAAAACUGUUGAAAUUCCUCAAUCAACAAGUGCCCUGGUUGUUAGUGAUUUUCAGCCUAGUAAAGAGAAAGUCAAUGUAGACAAAACUAAACCUGAAAUUCAAGACCCUGAUUCCUUAAAUCAUGAUGGAAAAUGUCACAGUGAUGAUAGUGAGAGUGAAGAAUCAGAUUCUGAUUCAGAUGAUGGACGGGUCUCCCUAAAGAGGUUGCACUCUGUAGUGGUUGUGCCAAAAAAUUCAACCAUUGCUCUUGAAACAAAUGACAAGGCUGAACCCGCCCCUGCUUCCUCGUUGUUUUCUGGGAAUCAGCAAACUGAUACACAUGAAAGCAUUAAUAAAGAAUUUCCUUACGGAUUUAACAAUCAGUCAACACUCAAAGAGUCAUCAGCUGCACUUUAUAAGGGCAGUGCACAAGCUGCAUGUCAAAGUCCAAAUGUUAAAGGUGUCUCCUAUCAAUCGCAGAGCAACAUGGUUGACAGCACCAGCCAUUUAGAGGUCAUGAGUGCCCAUGUGGACAAGAACUGGAGUGCUCAAGAAAGACCAAAUAUCUCUGGCCAGAUAAACCAAGAAUAUGUUCAGAAUUUUGAGAAGACUUGCGAGAAACCUGAAACGGAUCACCAUCAGUACCAUGGGAGACCAGAUAGCUGGAACGGAAGGAAAGGUGACUUCAGUGUUGGGAGGGGUGACAGCUUGGUCUGGGACUUCAACCAGUCAGAACAGCCCAGCAGCACAUUUCAGCAACCGGACAGCAGUUAUAGUACACCUCAGCCACUGUUUGAUAGUGUUCACAGAGAAGAUCCAUGGGCCCAGCCUGCCAUCUCUAAAACCAGCAGGACAGUCAACACGCAUGUGCCUUUUCAGUAUCAUGAUUUAGUUCACCAGAUUCAUCCAGACUCUCUUACUAAUGACCAUGAUGAUGACCGUGAGGGAAGGAUUUUGGGAAUUAAACAAGCAUCAUUAUUAUCUGCUGGCCUACCAGGACCAUCCCCAUUUGUUCAAGCGCCUGAGAUAAGUAGCAACUGCAGCUUCACAACAGAAAGUCAGAACAUCUCGGAAGCACCUAGAGAUGACAACCAAAAGCCUCAUCGAGGAAGGGGCCCACCUAAGAAGAGACGCCAAGAGUUUGAAUCUGAAUCAGAUAAUGAGGCAGAGGCAGGCCUGAGUAAAAGGGAGUGUUUUGAUGAGAGCUCAAGGCCUUUGAAAGAUGCUAAGGAGUCUUUCCAUCAAAUUCAAGAGGUUCAGCGACCACUUCUCAGUCUGAAAGAAUUUUCGGAUCCAUUUGUGUGGAGGGAUAAAGCCAAGCAGAAAAAAAUGCCUCCCUACUUUGACCUUAUCGAAGAAAAUUUGUAUUUAACUGAACGAAAGAAGAAUAAAUCUCAUCGAGACAUUAAGCGUAUGCAGUGUGAGUGUGCUAUCCUUUCAAAAGAAGAGCGAGCCCGAGGAAUACUGGCAUGUGGGGAAGAUUGCCUGAAUCGCUUGUUGAUGAUUGAAUGCUCUUCCAGGUGUUUAAAUGGAGCAUACUGCUCCAACCGGCGCUUCCAGAUGAAACAGCAUGCAGACUAUGAGGUUAUUUUGACUGAGAGCAAAGGAUGGGGUUUACGAGCAGCUAAAGACCUCCAGCCGAACACCUUCGUUUUAGAGUACUGUGGAGAGGUUUUGGAUCACCGGGAAUUUAAGGCACGCGUGAAAGAGUAUGCUCGAAACAAGAACAUUCACUAUUAUUUCAUGGCUUUGAAAAAUAAUGAGAUAAUUGAUGCUACUCUAAAAGGGAACUGCUCUCGUUUCAUGAACCACAGCUGUGAACCCAAUUGUGAAACUCAGAAAUGGACUGUUAACGGCCAGCUCAGAAUCGGCUUCUUCACUACCAAAGCUGUAACAGCUGGAACGGAGCUCACUUUUGAUUAUCAGUUUCAAAGAUACGGUAAAGAGGCUCAGAAGUGCUUCUGUGGAGCUCCUAGCUGUCGCGGUUUAAUUGGUGGCGAGACUCGGGUCAGUGUUCGAGCAGCAGGUGGAAAAAAACAGAGGGAACGCUCACGGAAGAAAGACACUGACAGUGCACUAACCACGUUAGAUGAGGAGUUGGAGGCUCUGCAGGAGAAUGGAGAAGGCUUAUGUGGAGAGAAGGAGGUGAUCUCACUUUGCAGACUCAUGGUGCGAGUGGAGACGAUGGAGCAGCGACUCACCUGCCUUAAACUCAUCCAGAAUACGCAGAAUCCCUUGUGCUUGAAGCAGUUUUUGGAUCACCACGGUCUCUCGUUGCUGUGGAUAUUUAUGGUUGAACUUUCUGAGGCUAAGACCAACUCUGUAAACAACAUUAAACUUCAACUGGAGAUAAUGAAAGCUCUAUCAGUGCUUCCCAUCUCAACCAAGAACAUGCUGGAGGAGAGCCGAGUGCUGCAGUUUAUCCAACGCUGGGCUCAAAGCCGGUCACUCAGCCAACCGGCAGAACAGGACGGCUACUCUAGUGAAAGCACAUCACGUGCCCAAACACCUCUCAACACCCCUGACGGUCCACCAGCCAAGCUGGCCACUGAGCUGGAUGGGGACACUCCCAAAAGAGCAGUGUACCGUAGAUUAAAGAUCAUUAGUGAAAACAGUCUGGACAGUGCCCUGUCUGAUGCUAGUAAAGCCUCCGAUGGAAAAGAAGAAGAGGAUGAAGAAGAGGAAGAGAUGGAGGAUGAGCCUUCAAAAUUAGAGAGCACAACAGAAAGGAAGAUAAAAGUAGAAAGCACCGAAGCACCUCCUGUGAGUCAAGCUGAGCUUGAGGUCGAAUUGAAACAGGAAGCCCCUGAAACAGUAGAAAUCCCACGUUUAAUGCCAGAGGCUGUUGGCAGUGAGGGAGAGACACUUGAAACUCAAGAACCUGAAGAAAAACUCCUCUGUACGCCUGAAGGGCAACUAAAGGAUGAGAAGACUGUGGAAGAGACUAAGAGUGAUGAGCCGUCAGAGAAUCAGACAGAGUCAGCUGCAGUUAAAGAAGACCCUUUAGUCACAGACACCACAUCUGCAGCAGACAUUAGUAAUGAUGUAGUUGCUGAUGCAGAAACCCCUGUCACGGAGACACAGGUGGAGAAUGCAUCCUCUGAACAGUCUACCUCUGAAGAGGACGCAAGUUGCAGCACUGCAGAAAUCACUUCCGCACAACCAGCAGAAGUCAUAAUAGAGGGCAUAUCUUCUGAUUCUGCAGCUAUUGUAAUAAAAAGCACACCCAAAGAGUCUCCAUCUGUUUCUGUAAAGACCCCUCCAACUGGUUCUGAUGUGGUUUCUAAUGGAAACGCACCUUCAGAGGCUGUUUUUGCACCUUCAGAGGCUGUUGCUGCACCUUUAGAAGCUGCUGUUGCCCCUUCAGAGGCUGUUGCUUCCUUUCCUGAGGCUGUUGCUUCCCUUCCUGAGACUGUUGCUGCACCUGCAGAGGCUGUUGAUGAACCUGCGGAGGCUGUUGCUGAUCCUGCGGAGGCUGUUGCUGAUCCUGCGGAGGCUGUUGCUGAUCCUGCGGAGGCUGUUGCUGAACCUGCGGAAGCUGUUGCUGCACCUGCGGAGGCUGUUGCUGCUCCUCCAGAGGCUGUUGCUGCUCCUCCAGAGGCUGUUGCAGCACCUGUCUCUGCUGAUGUGUCAGCUCUGGCUAUUGUGCCUGUUCCAGCAGAGGGUGCUGCAGUCGGGACACCCUCUCAAGAUGAGGAGGAAGGGGUUUCUGAUGUUGAGAGUGAACGCAGUCAGGAGCCACAAAUUCGGGCUUCUGAUAUCAGUGACAUGGCUGCUCGGCUGCUGGACAGUUGGAAAGACUUAAAGGAGGUUUACAGAAUACCGAAAAAGAGCCAGGUUGAAAAAGAGUCAAAUGAUCGCAGUCGUGAUCGGGAAUCCUUGAUGACCCCUCGCACAUCUUCGAGCAGUCGAGAGAGAGAACGAGAAAGAGACAAGGAGCGUGAUCGUGAUCGGGACAGAGACUGGGAGCGUGAACGAGAAUGGGAUCGGGAUAGGGAAAGGGACAGGGAUGGAGAAAGGCCAACCCUUCGCAGUGCAGAUAGGAAAAGACGACGAGGAUCCACCUCCCCUCUGCCACCACCAGCAUAUGAGAGGAGCCGCAGGAAUGAUGACCGUUAUGAACUGUCCAGCAGUAGCAAGAAGAAACUCCACACCAAAGAAGCUCGUACUAAGCUGUCUACGGAGGAACGACGUAAGCUCUUUGAGCAAGAAGUGGCUCAACGUGAGGCACAGAAACAACAACAGCAGCAGUUGCAGCAGCAGCAGCAACAACAACAACAACAACAACAACAGCAGCAGCAGCAGCAGCAACAACAACAACAACAACAACAACAACAGCAACAGCAACAACAACAACAACAGCAGCAGCAGCAGCAAUUACAAACACUUGCAUUUAAUCCCCUGGCCUACACCUCUAGUCCGAACUUCAUGAACUACCCGCCUGGAUACCCUAUUCAGACCUAUGUAGAUCCCACCAAUCCCAAUGCUGGAAAAGUGCUCCUUCCCACCCCUCCUGUAGAGCCUAUUUGCGUCACUCCAGCUGCUGGUACAUUUGAACAACCACCUGCUCUUGAUCUUGGUAUAGCUUCACCAUCGUCCACCACCACCCAGGCUGGACCUGCCUCCAGCUUGGCACACAUUCCUGCCCCUCUGGAGCUUUCUUCUGGCACACAAACUCAGUUUGUUCAGCCUGCCGUGCCAGCGCAGGAUCCGAGUGUAGCUGUUCUGUCAGUGCCCGCACAAGCAGCCAGCCCUCAGAUCCCGAGUCAGCAGGGCUACACCACGCUCUGGGACCCCAACACACAGCAGGCGGUGACGGUGCAGACGCAGCCAACACAGCAGUACUCAACCACGUCACAGCCUCAAGCUGCUAUCUACUAUCAGGGCCAGCCCUGCCAGACCAUCUACAGCAUUCCUGCAGGCUACCCGCAAACCAACCCUCCUGUCAUACAGGCAUACACGGAACCAGCCGCCAACUACCUGCACAGCCAGCAGGUGUACACGCAAGGAGGAACAGUCACCACCAUCGUCACAUCUCAGCCAGUUCAGCAGGAAAUGAUUGUACCCAACAACAUCAUUGACCUGCCGCCUCCAUCCCCUCCCAAACCUAAAACCAUUAUCCUGCCUCCCAGCUGGAAAGUGGCGCGAGACCCAGAGGGCAGAAUAUAUUACUACCACAUCAUCACCAGGCAAACGCAGUGGGAUCCUCCCAGCUGGGAUGGGACGACAGAGGAAGCUAGUGUUGAACACGAGGCAGAGAUGGACCUCGGGACGCCUACGUAUGAUGAAAAUCCCUCCAAGUUCUCUACAAAGACCGCCGAGGCAGACACGUCCAGUGAGCUGGCCAAAAAAAGCAAAGAAGUCUUCCGUAAGGAGAUGUCGCAGUUUAUUGUGCAAUGCCUUAAUCCAUACCGCAAGCCGGACUGCAAGCUGGGCCGCAUAAGUAACACAGAAGACUUCAAACAUCUUGCUAGAAAGCUGACUCACGGAGUGAUGAACAAGGAACUGAAGUCUUGCAAGAACCCCGAAGAUCUGGAAUGCAAUGAGAACGUCAAACACAAGACCAAGGAGUACAUCAAGAAGUAUAUGCAGAAGUUCGGCUCAGUGUACAGGCCCAAGGAAGACACAGAGUUGGACUAACUAGCCUGAAGCUCAGUCUUUCCAACAGUUUUGGUGCGUCGAGACAGAGCCUGUUGUUUCCUUCCACAGACUUUCUAACCAUGUCCUAAAUGCUGCUCUGGGAGGGAACGUUGAGUAAGUCGUCCCGCACAGGGUUUAAUGAUAAAAUAAACUUCUGUGGAAUGAAGUCCGGAGGACUCAAAUCAAGGGUGCUAUACAAACUCUUUCCAGGAUGUUUUUAGUCUUCUCAGAAUUAUCUCUUAAGACAAGAGUCAUCGCUUUGGAGGAGAGGAUCAUCUUGACGAGAAAUUUUUAAAAACGGAACAAGAGGACCAUUCAAAUAUCUUUCCCCUUGCCAUGCCACUCCAUUACUGUAGUUGUUACCAAGGGCUUUUGUUUGUUAGCUUGCCUGCUCUGCUAAAGGUCCAAUCCCUUAAUAAUAUUAAUCAAGGAAAGAAAGACGCUAAGGAUUAUGGUCUACCCACCACACUAGCAGUUUUGGACUCCCUGGCCAUGGGUCACCAUUGAUUUUAUUGAUUUUAAAAGUGUGUGCAGGUCUGUGCUUGAACCCCAUUUGUCCUGGUCAGCUUGUUCUUCUGGACUAGGGGUAAGGUUAUGUAGCAAUGAUGUUUUAUUGAGGUCUUUCACACUGUUUUUACAUUAACAUUGUUUUAUUAAUAUCGCAAAGGCAAAUGUGAAGCCCUCCUGGCAGUUUGUAGCUUCUAUUUGUGGCCAUCAUGUAACUGAUUGAUCAGGUUUACUGUCCCAUAAGCUCUGGCCGUUAAUCAACUCACCCAGCUUCAUUAAUCCACAUUAAAUCUGUUUCCAGACAUGUAUUAUAUUGGUUUAUAUGUGAAUAUAUUGAAAGUUAGUUUUCGAGACCAUUUGCAGAGACUUUGUAAAAUGACUGUGGGGGGAGGGGUCCAUCAUGUCCUGUGUAAAUACAUGUAAUUAUACUGGACCGGGAAAACGGGAUUAGAAGGAUGCGACUUAAUCAGAGUCGUUUUUCCCGCCGGCGUUUCUGCAUCAAGCUGAAUUCCACACUCUCCCACUGAUCCGGAUGUUGAGUUGGGUUUUAAAGGUGGGGGUGUCAUUAUCUUUUCUUUACUUUUUCCUUUGCUUUCUCUGUAGAAAGACUUUGGAUUUUUUUUAUGUACAAAUAGGAGUAACGCCCCACUCCACUGUAAGUACUGUGCAAGCACAUUGUCAUACUGAGUGUAAAAACAUUUUAAAAUAAAAUAAACUUUUCUAAAAAAGUC